AUGAUGGUACACAACGUAGCGAAGCCGCAGGCUGCAACUCCAUUGGGCGCUACAACCGCGGCCGAAGCAGCUCAAAAUAUGGCAAAAACGGCCAAGGCACAAGCCGAAGCAGCUCAAGCUGAAGCUCUUGUCGUUCAAGCACAAGCCGAAGCUGCUCAGGCAUUGGUGGAAGCUGCGCGAGCGCAAGCCGAGAGCGCGCAAGCUCGAGCGGAAGCAGCGCAGACCCUCGCCGACUGGUCACGGGCUCAAGCAGAAACUGCACAAGCGCUUGCAGACAAGCUUUCUGGUUGA